AUGACCAUGUCGGAAAUCAAGGCGGCGCUAGUGGAAAGGUCGCUGACUGCGAGGUGGCUUUCAAGGUCCGACGCCUCCGACUUGAAAGAAGCCGAGGAUGCACUGAUAGCGUCAUGGACAGACGCCGGAUAUGACAUGGACGUUCACGAGUCGCAAAUCAUUGAGGAUUUCGCCAGCAUGAAGCAGGUUGAACCGUCGAUCGGGACGCAAAUACUUGUGUAUCGGGAUACGAGCUCCUCGGCUGACAACGAGCCGAUCGUAGCCGUGGGGAUCCUCGCUCCACACAAACUUUCACCUACAAGAGCCGAUUACCUGAAAUCCAGACCUGCGCCCGAGUAUGCUGCUUACCCAGGAACGAUGUGUCUUGAUUGGCUGGGCGUCAAGAGCGAGUACCGGAAUCGCAAGGAUCAUAUUGGCUCACUGAUGCUUCAGCAUCUGAUCAGCGAGAGUCAUCAUGCAGGGUAUGACUUUCGGUGUGAGACGGUCGAGGGGGCUGAUCGAACAUAUUACACUGGACGUCAUGGACUCUCACACGUGGACUCAGACAGCUCAGACACGGGCCACCCAGUGUUUUACGCCCUCCGUCCUCCAUGCUGUGCGACGGCGAGCAUGGCUCCGAAAAGCGGAACCUUUGGUCACGCACAUACUGAUACCGGCUAG